UCCGCUCCGCUCUUCCAUAUAAAGCCUUGACCCGAAUGGCGCGCAGCAGCAGCAUGAUUGGGUCCACGACGCCCAUGGCCUCCUCCCCCUAACCCCUGCCUAGCCCCUGUCUCCACUCCACUCUCUACCAUCUCUAUACUAACUAACCCUCCUCACUCACUCCCCUCCUGUUCCCUCCUCACCAGGCUCCCUCCCACCGAUCCAUCGUCUCCGUUGCAGACUUGCAGUUCGUUGCGGGGUCCCUGCUCUGCCGCGCGCAUUGAAGGCGCUGCUGGCUUUGAUUUGAGACCCGCCCGGGUUAAGAGGGAGGAAGGAGGAGGGAAGGAAGCUGGAAGAUCUGUCCCGGCGGCGGUGGGGGGAGAUGAGGAGAUCCGCAUCUGUGUUUCGAGCCCUUUUGGUUUUCACAGCAAUAGUCGAGACCCAAUGGCCCGGUGUGUCUGGCAUAUACUGCAAGGACAUGGCAUCUGGCGUGUACCGACCGCAUAGUGUCACGAUAACCGAAUUUGGUGCUGUCGGGGAUGGUGUGGCUCUCAAUACAAAGGCAUUCCAGAAUGCCAUCUUCUACCUCAAUUCAUUUGCGGACAAGGGCGGCGCUCAGCUCUUUGUGCCUGCUGGAAGGUGGCUGACAGGGAGUUUUAGUCUUAUCAGCCAUCUCACCUUGUCACUGGACAAGGAUGCAGUGAUAAUUGGAUCUCCAGACUCAUCUAAUUGGCCAGUUAUAGACCCUCUCCCAUCCUAUGGGCGUGGUAGAGAGCUUCCUGGAGAAAGACACCAGAGCCUGAUUUUUGGGUAUAAUCUGACAGAUGUAAUAAUUACUGGUGCUAAUGGUACGAUUGAUGGCCAAGGAGCCGUUUGGUGGGAUUGGUUCCACAACCACACACUGAACUAUACUAGGCCGCAUCUUGUUGAGUUGAUGUACUCCACGAAUGUUGUUAUAUCUAAUUUGACUUUCAAGAACUCCCCGUUUUGGAAUAUCCAUCCUGUAUAUUGCAGCCAAGUCCUUGUCGAGCAUCUCACAAUCCUAGCGCCUUUGGAUUCACCAAACACUGACGGAAUUAAUCCAGAUUCCUCCACAAAUAUCUGCAUUAAACAUUGCUAUGUCAGAAAUGGAGACGAUGUUAUUGUCAUCAAAAGUGGUUGGGAUGAGUAUGGCAUUUCUUUUGCUCAUCCCAGCUCCAAUAUCAGCAUCACCAACAUCACAGGAGAGACAAGGGGCGGUGCAGGAAUUGCCAUCGGAAGUGAGAUGUCAGGUGGCAUAUCCGAAGUCCGGGCUGAGCGCCUCCGCAUUGUGAACUCCUUGCACGGGAUCAGAAUCAAGACCGCUCCAGGCCGUGGUGGGUAUGUGAGGAACGUGUACAUAGCUGAUGUGAGCAUGCACAAUGUGUCGAUGGCCAUCAGGAUUACUGGAAAUUACGGCGAACAUCCUGAUAAUAACUACGACAGGAAUGCUCUUCCCAUGAUAAGCAAUAUUACAAUCGAGAAUGUUGUUGGCAUUAAUGUUGGUAUUGCUGGCAUCUUGGAGGGCAUUGAGGGUGACAACUUCAGCAGCAUCUGUAUCUCCAAUGUUUCUCUCAGUGUACAAUCCAUGCAUCCGUGGAAUUGUUCGCUUAUCCAAGGUUACUCAAACUCUGUGAUCCCAGAGUCAUGCGAUCAACUCAGAACAGAUUGUGGACAGACACCAGUCUGCUAUAACGGUGGCAGUCCUUCAGCAGUUCGUGCGCAGGCGCCAAUGCACAAGCCCAGCACCAGCAGUUUGCUAAAUUCUUUACUGAAGUUGUCCUCACUGUAGUGUAGGUAAAUAGAUGCUUGUCAUUUGUCGCAGAGGGGCUUGCAUCAUGGGUUGCGUCCUGUUAGUCAUGUAUAUCUUAUUCUUGCAAUCAUUUUUGCUUAGCAUGCUGUUUGCUUCUUGUAUAUAGCCGUAGAGAGGAAUGUUAACGUACCUCGUCUGUUUUGCUACAAUCUUCCAUUUGUGUUUGUAUAUCUUUCAGAACCAAGCAUGAAAACACAAGCAAAAUUACUGCAUGAUUUUGAUUUUGAAA